UGUCUGUAAAUGAUUGCUGGAAAUCUGUCCCGUGUAACAAUGCAUUCAGAAAGUAUACCACAAACAUUGCUCACUCUCACUGUUUAUCUGUCACGGUUGCCAAGUUGGUUCCAAGUCUCAGAGAUCACAGAAGCAGCUGAUUUAACUCACUGCCCAGCAUGGAAAAUGUGGGAAAUAUAGAGAAUGCUAGGCUCUGUGGAAUUCCAAAUUCAGAGGAAGGGGAACAAGUUUAUGAUCAAAUCAGUGAAGACCGAGCAUGCCUUCCCUUUAAGGCUGUGGUAGACUGCAUGGAUAUGAGAAGUGGAGAGAGCCUGGGAAAUAGCUGUGUGGAUUCUCUGUCAUCUCAGUAUAGCUACAAUGGGAAAGAAGAACGAAAUUCUUUUCGGAGAGAGAUUUUUGCUCUGGAAGGUCAGCAGAUGCAGCUGCUUAGGCCAACACAAAGGGACAAAUGGAGCUCCUCUGCAAAUAAAGCGCCUUCAACCGAUCACAUUCUAAAGAAGAUCCAGAGCACGGCCAGAAAUGCUCAACAUACCAUCAGGUUGCCCUGCAAUAAUAAUUCAGAAGAAAACAACAACUUUCAGAAAGAGGACCUUCAGCUUUUCCUCAUCAUUAAGGCUGGUGUAGAUGGUGAAAGCAUUGGGAACUGCCCUUUUUCACAGCGUCUCUUCAUGAUACUUUGGCUCAAAGGGGUUGUGUUCAAUGUCACCACAGUUGACCUGAAGAGAAAGCCAGCUGAUUUACAUAAUUUAGCUCCUGGGAGCCACCCACCAUUCCUGACGUUCAAUGGGGAAGUCAAGACAGAUAUCAACAAAAUUGAAGAAUUUUUGGAGGAAACGCUUUCACCUCCAAAGUAUCCCAAGUUAGCUGCCAAGCACCGUGAAUCAAAUGCUGCAGGCAUAGAUAUCUUCUCCAAAUUCUCGGCGUUUAUCAAAAACACAAAGCAGCAGGACAAUGCGAGCCUGGAGAGAGGUUUAACAAAGGCUUUGAAGGAACUGGAUGACUAUCUGAGAAAUCCUUUACCUGAAGAGAUAGAUGCAAGUAGCACAGAGGUGGAGAAAGUGUCGAAACGCAAGUUCCUGGAUGGGGAUGAGCUGACUCUUGCCGACUGCAACCUUCUGCCCAAACUUCAUGUUGUCAAGGUUGUAACGAAGAAAUAUCGAAACUAUGAGUUUCCAGCAGAAAUGACGGGACUUUGGCGAUACCUGAAAAAUGCUUAUGCUCGGGAUGAAUUCAUCAACACUUGUGCUGCCGACAAAGAAAUUGAAAUAGCUUAUGCUGAUGUAGCCAAGCGGCUCAGCAAAUCCUAAUCAAAAUCUAUUUCACUGGAUGGCUGGAAAUAAACUUAUCUGUUCCCUAGAGAAAAUGGAAGGUGGCAAUGCAGAAGAGGAAACGUUACUUCUGAAAUGUGUACUAAUUUGCUGGAACAAAUUUUAUCAUUUAUGACCAGUGUUUUGAAAUCACCAUGUUUGAUUAAAUAGCCUCCUGCUAACAGUA